AUGGCGGCCGCGACGUGGGGCGGUUCGUUCCGCUUCUCGAAUGUGAAACACGGUGUUACCGGCGGCAAGGAGCAGCAGCAGCAGGCUCAGGGAGCGAGGAAACGGAGCGACUCCCGGCGGAGGCAGGCCGCCCUCAGCUUCCUGACGAACAUCUCCCUGGACGGCCGGCGGCCGCUGGAGAUCAGCAAUGGGUACCGGCCAGAGGUGGAGCCGCUUCAGGACCAGGACCGGGACCGGGACAGGCCCCCGGUGGCGGCGGCCAGCAGCAGGAGCGGGCCGCUCGGGCUCGGCUGUAUUAGCUGUAUCUCAGGGGUGCCGAGCGCCGCGGUCAUCACCCAGACCCCCCGGCUCGGGCCUGCCGUCGGCACCGUCUACGUGGGGCCCGCCAUCGCGUUGCCAAGGGAGCCGGCCGCCGGGCCGGGAGCAGACACUCAGGGAGAAGGAGCCGGAGCCACCACCGGCGCCGCCGUCUGUGCCCAGCAAGGGGUUUCCGGCCCGGGGACACCUCUCCCCAAGAGCGGCCUGGCGUCCGCGCAAGCGCCCGCUCUCCUCGGACUCGACUUCCAGAAACAGAGGAGCCGAACCUCUUCAGGAUCCCCCCAUCCAAAAAAUACAAAAAAAGUUCACUUUAUCAAAAAUAUGCGGCAAUAUGACACAAGAAAUAGCAGGAUAGUUCUUAUCUGUGCUAAAAGGUCACUGUGCUCAGCUUUUUCUGUACUGCCUUAUGGAGAAUUCAACACUACUGGAGACAAUAAGAUGGAAGGACCCAGGCAACGUAACCCUUCUGGUGGCAUUUCAGCUUCAACCGACAUGCUGCUUGGGCUUGAUGGAGUUGAACUUGGUGCAGACGUAAAGUCAGUUUCAUAUGCGCAGUUCCUUUAUCCAACCAAUGCCUUUGUCAUGCCAAAAGCUCUCCCUGAGGUUCCAACUUCAAUAGCACAGGUUCGAAAUAGCAUGCAUCGGAGCUUUACACCAGGAAGACAUGGAGCUGCAGCGAUAGCAAUGGAAUUAGGUAGUGAAGCUGGAGAUUUGAUAGAAUAUGAUCCGAAUCUUCUUGAUGACCCCCAGUGGCCAUGUGGAAAACACAAACGGGUUCUAAUCUUUGCAUCAUAUAUGACCACAGUGAUUGAAUAUGUAAAACCAUCAGAUUUGAAAAAGGAUAUGAAUGAAACAUUCAAGGAGAAAUUUCCUCACAUUAAGCUGACGCUUAGUAAGAUAAGAAGUCUGAAACGUGAGAUGCGAAACCUGGCAGAAGAGUGCGCUCUGGAACCUUGUACUGUGGCUUUAUCAUUUGUUUACUUUGAGAAGCUUGUACUCCAAGGCAAAGUCAAUAAGCAAAACAGAAAGCUUUGCUCUGGUGCUUGCUUACUGCUAGCAGCCAAAAUCAGCAGUGAUCUCAAGAAGCAUGAAGUGAGACAUCUGAUUGAUAAACUGGAAGAACGAUUAAGAUUGAACUCAAAAGAGCUGGUUUCGUUUGAGUUCACCACACUUGUGGCUUUGGAGUUUGGACUUUAUCUUCCUGAGAAAAAAGUGUUACCUCACUACAGGCGACUUGUUCAACAAUCCUAAAUGCAGUUACAUUCCUCCUGAAGAUGACAAGCACUUGGAAGAAGCAAGCAGUUCUUUCUAAAAUGCUGUAUUCUUGUAUUGUGAUUCUGUUAGCACAGGAAGUAUUGUACCAAAGUAACUUCUACAGUGCUAAUUAAUGACAGUCACCAAUUUGUCCAAUUUCUUCAAAACUGAUUUGUGCUACCUUUUUUGAAAUUAAAGCACCUUUAUUCAAAAUUGGAUGAACCUUGUAAAGGAAUAUGUUUGGGUGAUGGCCUGUCAUAUGAACAAUGGCAAUUUAUAGUAAUAACUUAUUACCAAAAAUUCAUUAUGGGCAACAGCACUUUCGUACAUGUUGACUUGUCGUUGCUGUAAUAUUGUGUUAUAUGCUAUCUGUUCUUCCAAGAAUUGUCCUACUGUAAUUAUAAAACUGACUCUGCUGUUAGUUGCACAUAUGUCACCACUCUAUG